AUGGAUUCCUCCCAAGCCUCAAAGUACAAAUAUGCAGUGGCACAAGUCACGGAUCCACCGUCGCCCAUGGCAAUGGCAGGCCGCUUUCCUCGUUCUCUAACCGCUGAAGAUGACGGCAAUGGCUUCCUCUUUAAGGGUAGCGCUUCUCCCAUCGUAUCCGGUCAAAAGCGUGGCGGUACUCAUGGAUUUCAGCGCAAGCCACCUCACAUCGACAUGGCUCGCGAGUACGAAGCCUCAGGGAAAAGCUACAAAGCUGCUCGAACCACCAUCGCGACUUUGAAUGAACGUCACCGCCAGCUUCAGAUUGCACAGGAGGAAGCUUUCAUCCGGGAGCAGAAAGACAAGAAAUUCACUGCCAACUUUGCCGGAACAAGGCUAGCAACUUGCGGCGUACCGACACUCAACACGAUGAACGUGCGCAUCGAGCGACAGCGCGAACAAGCCAAAACAAAACUUAACAAUGACUCAUCGCCGACCAAGCAACAGCCAACCAACAAGAAACAGCGAGAAGCAGUGCAUCGUCAGCACCUCGACAGUCAAAUCCGAGCUGCUGUACGUCGUUCGUAUGGAUCUCUCGAGCUUGACUUGAAGUCUCAGGAACUUGUGCACAUUCCGCGCUCGGCAGUGUUCACAACGCUGCUUAUGCAGCUCGCUCGCUCCAUCCGAACUGUGAAUGUAUCGCGCAACGCUCUACGUGAAAUUCCCGAACGUUUUAUCCGAGCUUUUCCCGAAGUUGAGACGUUGAUUGUCAAGGAGAACGCGUUGGCUCGACUGCCACCUCGUGCACUGGGCGACCUGCGCUACCUCCGGGUGUUGAAUGUAUCGGGUAACCAGCUCAACGCCCUCCCUAUCGACCUGCCAACCACGCUUGAAUCACUCGAUGCUAGUCGCAACCGACUGCACGAUAUUCAAAACUUGCAUGCUCUCACUCGCCUGGUGACGCUGGACUUGAGCUACAACCACUUCCAGUUGCUACCCUGCGGACUCGUAGCGCUGAAUAAACUGCAGACGCUCACGUUGAGUGGGAAUCGACUCGUGACACUCGCUACGAGGCCGCCGCUUCUUCGAAAGCGAGGAGCUGAAGACGAUGAUACUGGUGCGAGCCCACAAGACGAAGAGGACGUUAAUACUGGGAAUGAACCAACAGAACAAGAGAACGAAGCUGCUCGCAAGCAGUGGAGAGUAGAAGAAGACCCCGUCACGCACGACACGGUCUACUACCACUUGCCAACCAAGCGAGUGACUCGAACGAAGCCGAAAUGCUUCCAACAUCGCAUCCCGAAGCUUCAACUGCCCGGCAAUCAAGUGCAUCAACACAAGCCAGACAAUCGCGCGUUGCUCGAGCGAUACCCAGACGGCUGGGAGAUUAUUCUACCUAGUCCAUCGGAUACAUCGACUGCACUAACGUUCGUGAACCACUGCACCGGUGAGAACUUUUCCACGCUCCCUCCAGCACUCGAUCGCUGGGACGGAGUAGACCACUUGCACUCCCUCUAUCUAUCAGGAAAUGAGCUCUUGGACCUACCGCCGUCAUUUGGAAGACUAAAGCGGUUGAAGCGGCUUGAAGCGGAAAACAACAAACUUUUAGCUCUACCCGAUGUGCUUCAGGGUCUAGCGGCGCUUAAGACGGUCAAGCUCGGCAUGAACGGACUUGCAACACUACCUCCAUCCUUCUCAAAACUCGCAAACCUCACCGACGUCGAUGUGAAGCUCAAUCGUUUGCGAGAACUUCCCGAAGCUUUAGGCGACUUGAAGCAACUGCGUGUGCUCGAUGCCAGUGCCAACGCGUUAGAAAAACUCCCUCGCUCCUUCCUGGCUCUGCGAAAGAUUGUCACGUUACGGCUCGCAGGCAACACCCCGCUUCUAAGCGCGGGCUUUGCUGGCGAGACGCUGCGCACCGGGAACCUCGCGGAAGUGCGAUGGCAACUGGAACACCAGAUCGAGUGCGAGAAGCACGGCGGAUCACGUCCCCCAGAGCCGAAAGCUCGACUGAUUGGCGUCGGAUCCGAGUGCUGGAGCACCGACUUGCACAUCAACCGAGAAUUCGCUCGCGCGGUGGAAAUGGCUCGAGAGACGCACACGCUGUCCAUGCACUGGCGCAGCAUCGAGGUGCCCGAGUUGCCUCGCGUCUUCUUCACAGCCGUACCGGAUCUACAGGAGCUUCGACUGUCGGGUCAAAACUUUGAAGUGCUACCCGCAGGCUUCGGGACGUUCACCAAGUUGCGCGUGCUGCAGCUGCGACAGAACAAUAUCCGAAUCAUCGCACCUGAAGUGUUCGGGCCCAUUGGUGAUGAUCAGUUGAAGGGCGAUGUGGGGAUCGGUGGGAGCUUGGAGACUCUGGACUUGCGCUACAAUCGAUUGGAGACGCUGCCGGAAACAUUCGUCAACUGCACCAAGCUCCACACGCUUCGCGCCAGCCACAACAUCCUUGCCUCCUUGCCAGAGUCCAUGAUAGGGCUGACCAACAGCUUGGUGGACUUGCAGCUCGCUCACAACCAGCUAACGACAGGGCCAAAGGCUCUAACUGCGCUGCGUACACUCGAACGUCUCGACUUGUCCUUCAACCGCAUCGAAACACUUGAUGAAGUGGAUUUCUCGCAGCUCCCGCGGCUUCAAGUCUUGCGGCUGAGUGGCAAUAAACUUACGGAGCUACUGAUGUCUCUGGGUGGGGUAGGAACUUCCGACGCUGGAAAACCACCGCCGAUACGUGAGCUGACGUUCGCUGGCAACAUGAUCCGAGAGUUCCCACCCGCAAUUCUGCUGCUCGGCGCUACACUGCAGCGAAUCGAGAUGCAAAGCAACCGUCUGGAACGACUGCCCAUGAGCUUUGGCGUGUCCUUGCCAGCCUUGGAGAUCGUCGAGAGCGACGGCAAUCCGUUCCGCUCUCCUCCAGCGGAGAUCAUGCGGCUCGGGGCGAAAGCUAUUCGCUUGUAUCUGCACAAGCGCGAGCAGCGCGUGGAAGAACUCUCAGCACUGCUUAGCGCGUUGGGGCUGGUCUUCGAUCGGGAGAGCUUUGACAAGCCCAUUAUGCGCCACUUGCUGCCUCCGGACGUGCCGCUCACGAUUCUGCCCUUCCUCACCUCCAAGCACCUCGUAGCAUUCGACCGCGCGGUGGAUCGCUACGUGAACGGCGCGUUCUACCUGCCGCCUCCGAUGGGACCGGACUUCCGUCGCGGCGCCGACAUCUUCCACGACCUGCUGCUCAGCACGCACUUCGAGCUUGCGCAGCGACAUCAUCGUACAGUUCUGGAGGAGCUGCUGCAGCUGCUUGAGUUAAUCCGCCUGAAGCGCUGGGCGGACAAGACCGACCUCCGAUACGAUAUGCAGCGGCCUUGGGGGCGUCGAGGCGAGCAGAUCGGCGUCUACAUGGUGCGCGGAGCCCUGCUCUUCCCUGACGAUUAUAAAGACGCCGACGACGUCGUUCGUCCUCCUCCAAGUCCAGGUAAAGAGCUCCCGAGCAUCCUUCGGGUGAUUGAGACCAGGACGCAACGCGGCUUCCCAGCGGAGCCCUUCAUCGAGAACAAACGCACACUGCGUGACGUUGAGCGAGCGUUGGAGCAGUACGUUGGCGCCUACGGACCCGUUGGUGUCGCCCACGCGAACGUCCCCAUGCGAUGCGCGUGUGAAGAGCUCCUCCGCUUCGGUAAGAUGCACGAGCCGUGUGAGCAGCCUGGCUGGACGAUGGUCCGCGUGCUCUACACCGGUGAAGAAGUCGCCCGCCGUGAGCUGGACGAACGCCGGCUGCGCGAGGCUCAAGACGCUCUGCUGCCUCAAAUCCGCGCGUUCCUCGAGACUCCAGACGGCGAGAAGCGGUUCCAGCGUGAAGUUAAAGUCGCCAAAGACGCCUUGCGCACGCACCUCCGAGCGCUCAAGAAGCAGCUUAAACGCCAUCAAGCCAAGCUGAAACCCCUGCUAAAGGAGCGCGCUCGAGAAGAAAAACUGGAGAAGAGGCUCGAGCGCGCGGCCGCGAAAGCUGCAAAGGCGAAGAAGCCUGGCGAAGAGGUCCCCGCGAAGAAAGCUGAGACGCUCGGUGAGCUCAAGGCGCGGGUAGCGAAGCGUGAGAAGCUGGAGUUCGACGAGACUCGCGUCCGUGAAGACAUGGAGGAGCUGGAGCGCGGAAAAGCUCGACUUGGUCAGGGCCACGCAGCCUUCAGGGAGGAGGUGGAGAAGGUAUUGCUUGAAAAAGUCGGCGCUACUGUACGACAGCAUCUUGUACGGCAGCAGCGGGAUCAAGCCAUCGUCAUGGGCUGGCGCCGUCCUUGGGAUGGCAUUGACGGACGCGCCUUCGAGCGAUACCACCGAGAAAUUCUUCGAAAGAAGCAAGGUGGAGUGGCCGAAGACGGAGCUGCUGCUGCGCCUGACAGCGGCCCGAAGAGCGAAGACGACGACGAUGAAGAUGACGAUGAAGAGAGCGCAGCGAUCGCUGAAGCCGCACGAGCUGCCGCUAUGGCAGCACUGGAGGCUGAGGAAGCGGAGAGAGAGGCAGACGACUUGGACGAUAUCAGCUCCGACGACGAUGACGAUGAUAAACCUCCUGAAUCCGAAGACAGCGACCUCUGA